AGGUUGGGGGAUGACCUGCUGACUUGGCGGACCUAAAGGUAAUGAAUAGGGACGACUUCACCACCAUUGGGGCAUUCAAGCAAGAAUUCAAAAAGAAGGCGAGAAAGGUACAUGGGAUAUCAGAGGAGGCACAGUGCGCCGUCUUAUUGGGACUACUCACCGCAUCUGAGACAGUUGAGCUAACAAGUCAUGGGGGAGGAAAUGCCAAACUUACCUGGGCCACCAUUGACAGAGGGGUGGAGGUUGGAGGCCUCGACCAGGUCGAGCAGCACCAGGUGAGGCUACAGAGGCAGAAACGGAAGGACAGGGAUGCGGCUGGGUCGCCAGGAGUAAAGAAGAUCAUAACCGACAUAUUAGCAGGGCUAGACCCGGUGAUACAGCGGAAGGUGACGGCGGCAGUCCAGGAAAAAGGCAAGGGGGCCGUGUUAGAGGAGGCUACCCAGGAGGGAUGGGAAGAGGAGGAGCCGGUACCUCCACACCUUACGAAGGCGCAGCGUAAGCAGCGCAAUCUAGCACAAGGCGGACAAGGGUCAGGAAAGGGUCAGGCGCCUCAAGUAGUGGUAGGGGCAUCUCCGAGCUCGUCCGGGCCAUCAAGUAGUGUGGGCCCGUCGCAAGCACCAGUGCCACCAUUUGGGCACUGGUCGUGGCCCCUAGUUAAUACCUAUGUACCCUGGGGUGGCCCAGCGCCGUCUGGACAGGUAAUACCCUAUGCUGGGCCCCAGACAAGUGUGCCACCUCCGAGCUACCCCGCCGCCCAAACUCAGCCAGCGGUACCACCGACGCCAACGCCCGCACAAAGUUCACAAGGCAGUGUGGCGGGUGCUGGUAGUCAAGGCCAAGGGAACCAGGGGAAUGGAGAAAGGGGCGGUGGAAGAGGACGUGGCAGGAAUGGCGGUGGCCGAGGAGGCCAAUGGGGCAACCAAGGUAGCCAAGGCAAUCAAGGCGGCCAAGACAACCAAGGGAAUCAAGGAGGUGGAAGGGCCCAUUUUGACUGGAGAAGUGUCGUAUGUCAGCAUUGUGGCCAGCAUGGCCACACUAUUAGGUUUUGCAACAUACGGAGAGAUGACGAGAAAAAUGGACUGAUUUAUUCUAAUAUGGAUGGGGACAUCUACGACCAAUUUGGAGAUUUUAUUGAUAGGAAGGCUGGUGGAGUUAGGGCGGAGGCCCAACGAAGGUUGGCAGCACGACAGCCGCCCCCUGCCACGUUCAGGCUAUGGCAGGAGAAGGAAGGGCUGCCAGUUGGAGUUGAGGAAGUAGGAAGUGACGAGAAAGUAACCCGGAGGCUACAGGUCGGGGAUGCAAGAGAGAAACCCAUAAUCAUCGAGUCGGACGAUGAGGAUGGCGAUGAAGAGGUAGAGUCGGCGGUGGUCCUGCUGAAUAAGAUGGAGGACUUGUUGGACAAGGUAGGGAGAUAUCAACGGGAGUUGGUAGAUCUCUGCGAGGGAGUGAAGGAGUGGGGGGCUAACCUCCCCAAGGUUUUCCUUUAUGACUCUGCAUGCGGGAAUUACGAAGUGAUUACCUGCCGGAACACUGGGCCAAGGAGCCUCAGGAACAGGCCCAACCCUGACUCUUUCACGAUUGAGGAGUCAGAAGAUGCGCAUUGGAGGCUUAGGGCAGAACCCGAGGAGGAAGAAGAAGGAGAAACCUUCUCGCUCAGCCUGUCGGAUGUGGGAAAGGCCAUGGAUAUAGUGGCCACGCACGAGAUGGCCGAUCCGGAUGCCAUUCAGGCGUUGAGGGAGCAGGUUCUGGAGUAUCCCCAGGUCCGGCAGGAUCAGGAGUGGACCUGGGGUGAUGAUCAGGAAGAGGUCGUGGCCAACAUGAAAGAGGAGUUCCGGGAAGGAGGAUUAGUGCUGGGAGCGCCCGAUUAUGACGCUACAGAGACGAGACCAUUCAUUGUGGAGACCGAUGCAGGACCGACAGCCUUGGGUGAAGUUCUAAUCCAAGCAGACGUCAAGGGGAAGGAGAGGCCGUUGCGCUUUGAGAGUCGCACGCUAUGUACGUCAGAGAGAAACUACUCCCAAUUCAAGAGGGAAACUCUCGCCGUCCUUCAUUGUCUGCGGAUUUUUCGAAACUACAUCUUCGGCAGGAGGUUCAUCUUGAGGUUAGACCCAACGGCUCUGGCUUUCUCCCUGAGGAAUUAUGUUCCAUCCGAUCCAACAGUUGCCAGGUGGUUGACGUACAUCUGGAUGUUCAACUUCGAGUUGGAACGGAUCCCAGGGAACAAGAACAGGGCAGAUGGGCCAAGUCGCAUCAACUGGGAUAGGCAGGACGGGGAAGCUGUAAAGGAUACUCCCCCUGUUGAUGGCUUUCUGGACGAGGACGAGGACAUCCGCCUCGACAUCAAUAAGUGGUCCCCACGAGUCCCCAACUGCGUUGGCCAUCCUAUCUGGCACGCGCCUAAGGGGUAUGAGCGGAAAGCUGAGUUGGUGCUCAAACCUUUCGAAGAGGAGGAUCCUGGGGGUGGAAGAGAUACUGUGUUGGAGAGCCAGGAUGACGAGUUUGAAGAGGAAGAGAUCAAGGAGGCAUUCCGCGCAGAGGAGUAUGAAGGGAUUUACCUAGAGCUGGGACUUCUCUUAUCCUGCGAGAUGCGUGAUAGAGACGCAAGCCAUAGGGCACAAAUGAUGAGGGAUCGCUACCUAGUAAGGGACGGUCAUCUCUUCGUAAGAAGGAAAGUAGAAAACCCCAGGCGGGUGGUAUGUGGUCGCAACCGUCAGAUCGACGUCAUAGCAGCGCUCCACGAUGGCAUUGCAGGCGGACACCGGGGAAUUACUGCCACAUAUGCCAAAAUAAGUGAGCUAUGCUACUGGGACGGGAUGAUGGAGAUGGUUGGGAAAUUCUGCCGUUCCUGUGUGUCGUGCCAGGAGCAGUCUCGUCUAAGGCCAGGAGAGUCACUGCAUCCGAGGCUGGAGAGAGAGGUCGGGGCUGUAGUACACCUCGACUUAUUGUUCAUGCCCCUUGGAGAUCAUGGCUACAACUAUAUCUUCGAUGCGCGCGACAACCUAUCUGGCUUCGUAGAUGGAAGGGCAAUCCGUACGAAGACUGGGUCAGUUCUGGUCAGCUGCAUCGAGGGGUAUUACCUACGCUGCCCGUUCGUUAGGGAAUUCGUAAUGGACAGGGGGUCGGAGUUCACCUGUCAGGAGGUGCAAGAGUUGCUGUCAAGAUAUGGGGUAGUAGUUAACUACACCACGGCCGCCCACCCACAGGCAAAUGCUUCGGUGGAAAGGGGUCAUAGUACCAUUACGACUCUACUAGCAAAAUGGACCGAAGGUAAGCCCAACCAGUGGCCGAGGUAUCUAAGGGCCGCCUUCUUCGUUGAGAACAUCACAGUGAAAGGGACCACUAAGUACGCGCUGGCCACACUGUGGUAUGGAAGACAUGCUACCUUUCCAAUCGAGAGCUUCCUAAAGACUUGGAGGCGUCAGGACUUGGAGGUAAAUCUGUCGUUUGAAGAGCUGCUCGAUAUUCGAGCUCGGCAGGUGGGCAUGAUUGAGGAAAGGGUCCAAGAGGCAUCCGACCAGGUAGAGAGGAGCCGUACGGACGAUAAGGCUCGUUGGGACCAGUCAGCUCGUGUAAGAAAGGUACCCUUGGUAGUUGAGGACGUCGUGCUCUUGUAUGAUUCAUCCCUGGAAAAACAAUGGUCCAGGAAACUGGACAAGAGGUGGUUGGGUCCCUAUCGGAUCGUGCGAUGCGGAGAGUUCGGCGCAUACCAGAUCGAGGAACUGAAUGGAACAGAGUGGAAAGACUGGGUGCCUAUUCGACUGGAGAUUGGGAAUGCAGAUGACUUCAUCCCAACAUUCGAGCAAUUCAUGCAGGACCAGACAAUACUGCGAAGUGAGUGGAUGACGACGUUACCCCUGUGGACCCGAAAGGCGGAAAGACCUUUGGCCAGACGGAUCAGGGAUAUGGCCCGAGAUUGGGAUGGUUGUACAGCGCACUUGAGGGCGGCAUUCCGGCAGCCAGAACCACCUCGGCCUAGAGUCGAAAGGCGCCUCAGGAGCGGUAGGCAGAGGGAACCUGAGCCCGCUGAGGACCGAACCUCGCGAAGAGGACGGAAGGCGCUCGCUAGGCGAGAGGAGGAAACGGUACCUGAGGCAGAGGAGCGAGGAGAAGGCCCCGAGUGUGAAUUGGGACCAGUAGAGUUCCAUCGCUAUCCUGGACCAGGACUGGGAGGAUCUCCGCAACACACGCAGCGGGAGGUACCAGCGUCCGGAGGGUCAUUGCAAGCAUUAGAGGCACAUCUGGACGCUGCCCAGUGGAGAGAGCCGCCGAUGAGUGAGAGGCGCAUUGAGGCCRUCGCGGAAGUACCACAAGAGGACGUUCCAGACCYUGAACAAGAGGAGAGGCCGAGUGCUACGAAAGKCCGGAUUGGGGAUGAGAUCAUAGACGUUGAGGAGGACACUCCCCCUCAGGGACCACCCGUGGGGCUGAGGCUCGGUAGUCCACCCGAGAGCCCGCCAGAUACGAGGAAGGAAGUACAAAGGGGGGAAGUCUCACUCGUGGUACUCGAGACGGGCCUAUCACCGACAGGAAUGGAGGAAAGUGAGGCGGAGGGGGCCAGUUUGAGGAGGGAGGCAGACAAUCUGAUUGAUAGCCAUCUGGCCGCCCACGCCCUGGAGCAGCCUAAUCUGGAAGAAGUUAUACCUAUGGAGUCACCCCGGGAACCAGGUCAGGCCGAGAGAGAGGUGGAAACGGGGAUCUCAGGGGAAGUCGAACAAUGCACGGUAGAGGAAGUACCAGCGAAAGAAACGGCUGAGGAAAAGCGGGCUAGAGUGUAUAGGAUGUUGGAGGCGGAUCUGAGAGGGAAGGAGCUGCAAGAAGCAGGGUUGGAGUCACGGUUGGGGACCCUUGAGGCAGAAGUCCGUGAGCUCAGGGCUCUGGUGACUAGCCAGGCCGCCACCAUCCUGGAGAUGAGGCAGCAACUUCAUGGCAGCAAGGAUGGGGCGGAAGGCAGCAGGCCAGGGGGGCAGAGUCAGCCAAGACAUGGCGUAUUGGAGCAACCAGCGGUGGCGGAGCCUCAGCAAGAGGCACCUAUGGGAAGAGUCAUUUUGGAGCCUGAGGAGGCAGUGGCCAAGAGGAAGGCUGAGAGGGAAGCCUUCAAAUUCAGAGCCCCUACGGAGCUACCCACGAUGGUUGCGGACCCUGCCAUGCUACCGUCACUUGGGGAGAGACUGCCCUCGGUCAGUGAUGAGCCUCCUCAAGGCUCGACAGGAGGAUCCUUGGACGUGCUACUGGAAGCAGUCCACUCUAUGCAGGAGGAUGCUGGCUUGUUUUCACCAGAGUCCAAGUUGGAAGAGCCCCUGGAGAGCGAGAUGGGAAGUGCAAUAGAGGGCACCAUCGCAGGUAGGCCCCAGAGGUUGGAUACUCCUGACUAUGAGCCAGAGGGAGCAAGGGCGCAACCAGGGCCCAGUCCGCGAGAGUCGGAGGCAGGAUUUGAGAGACCUAAAGAUAUGCCUCAGUGCCAUGAGUUGGACGGAGAGGCCAGGGAAACCCCAUCGCCAGCAGGGCCCCAGCGGAAGAAGAAAAGGCCUAGGAAGUCUUUUGACUCGACCUGCUUCUAUUGUACAAAAGAAGAGCACAGGGCAUUGCAGUGCCUCAAACUCCUAAAGGACCAGGCAGACGGGAAGGUCUCGGAGUAUGAUGGAAAGAUGUAUGAUAGGCAGGGUAGAGUGGUGGAACGAGCUGUAGAUGGGGGUAGAGCUCAGUUGUACAGGCAGAACCAGGAGGAGAUGAGUGAGUAGGGUCUGGUUCACCUGAUUAAAAACUGAAUAUUUCUUUGAUGAUUUUGCUAUUACUU